CCACCUAAAAAGGUGGGGGACAUGGCAGAUGAAUAUUCAUGGAUGGACUUGAGUGAUGCAAAUUUACCACCAUCAUCCAGACAACCAAGUUCAGGGUGGUCCAUCUCCAACCUGGUAAACAUUAUAUGUUCCCUGAACCACAUGGCAGAGGAAAACUUGAUCACUAUGGGAACAAAGCAUUUUAAUGAUACUCUGGCCAAAAAUGAUAUACUCUAUCGGAACAAACGCCGUUACAUCCCUGGGCAAAUAGUGCAUAUUCGAAAGAGCUACUCAGUCAAAAGGCCUGCACAUCAUAUCACCCUCCCUCCCUUUCCCUUAAAGAGAAGAUGGAGUGAAUUGGCUCUGCCGACCUUCAUGAUGGCAUCAACAAAAGGCAACAAACCGCAGGAGGAGGACACCAAUAACAAGCAGAACCCUGGAUCACGGGAUGAUAUUGCUUUUAAGAGCAUCUGCAAAGAUCUAGAUGUAAAUGAAACUGUCAGUGAAAGAACACAUAACAUUAUUUUCUGCGUGAAACCUCCCCAGCGUGGGGACUAUGACUAUGAAGGUGGCAAGGACAUAAUCCUUGAAUUACCAUCCUCCCAGGACCACCCUCUGGAGGCACCCAUAGCCUCAGACAGGAACAGCAGAAGGCGAUGGAACGGGGUGAGGAGGCAGAUUAGUCACCUGUUUAGCUUGUGUCACUGCCUCCCCGUCCCAAGGAGAAGAAACACAACAUUCAGGUAAGGGGUAACAAGCACAGGAAAAUGGAGUCCUAAGGAAACUGAGUGGGUAUGGCCACCAACAGUGCUCACUACUGACGGGCUGAACCUAUUUAGAGCACGUGAAAGUUA